AUGAGUAUGGAACGCUUGGAAAAAUUUCAAAAGAAUUUGGUUGAGGAAGUUUGUCGUGGCUUGUUGGGUGAAGAACAUUUGGUUAAUGAUGUUAAAAAAACUUUAAAUUUGACUCUCGAUCCAAAAAAAGCAAAAGAAAUUAGAGAAGCCACCUUGGACCAUUUUUCUAAGCUCUCAAAAAAAUCAAUGGAGAAGGCAGAUGAGAAGUACAAUUUUUCUGGAAAAUUUGCUCGUUUGGAUGAACAAGUUGAUGAUAAUGAACCCUGUUCUUCUUCGGCUGCUGAUGAUGUUGACCUUCACAAAUCAUUCAAACAAGUUACUUGGCCGACUCGACGUGCUCUUCUUUUAGAAUAUGAGGAAAAACUUAAGGAUGAAAAACACAAAUUACAAGCUGAAUUGGAGGAGGUUUUUUUUAUUAUUUUGUCUUUAGACGGGUCCUCCUUGAAAAAAAUAAGGGGUUUAUUGUAAAAUUGUUUUUGAAUUUUUCAUUGAUGUCAUUUUCGAUAAUUUUUUGGCUUCACCUCGUCCAUUUUUACCUCGAGUUUUUUAUUUUUUUCCUCUCUGGAGAAAAUCAUUUCGGAUUUUUUUACUCCCUGUUCAUUGCCUCAUUUAACACUAAGGGUUGACCCACUAAUACAAAUGUAUAUUUAUUUAAAAAUUUUCAGGAGGAAUUGGUGCUGUCAAACAUUAUUGAUG